GUAUCGACAUUUGAUGUUGAAUGUGGUGUCACUUUUGCCCCACUGUAAGAAGGAUAACAAGUUUGAAUCUAAAGCAAGUAAAGGUGCAACACUGAAUGAGCUUGUUGAACUCAAAGGCUGUUCUUCUUGCCUGUUUUUUGAGCGCAGAAAACAUAAAGACCUUUAUCUAUGGAUGGUAAAGUGUCCCAAUGGUCCAUCAGUGAAGUUCUUAGUAAAUGCUGUUCACACCAUGGAAGAAUUGAAGCUUACUGGAAAUCAUUUGAAAGGCUCACGCCCUCUGGACUUUCUUGACUAAUUUUGAUAGAGACCCCCACUAGAAACUUUUGAAAGAGAUAAUCAUGCAAGUAUGCUGAUCUUCCUUCCACCCUAUAAAGUGAUCUUCCCUUUGUUACUCUUAUUUUCGUUCUCUCUCUCUUUCUCUUGGGUUUGUUUUCAGAAGGUGUAUAUUCUCCUUUUUUUGCAAAGUAGUGGAAUAUUUUUUUCUUUUCUCAGGGCUAAAUUUCAUUAUGUGUUAUUCUCUUUAUAGUGGUCAGAUUUGUAAAAAUAGUACUAACUAACUAAAUUUUGUUUUU